AUGAUGAAUGGAUCACAGAAUCAGAAUUGGGGUGAAGGUGAAAGUUCCAGUUCAACUUCGCUUAGUAGUCAGCGUGAUGUUGAGGAUGAUCGGAUGAUUGCUCUUGUGUUAUCGGAAGAGUAUGCCAAAUUAGAUGGGGCAGUUGGUCGGCGUCUUUCCAACUUGGAACCUGUUCCUCAUGUGCCCCGCAUAAAUUCCUUCUUCCCUACCAUGAACGAUGCAAGUAUGGAUCACCAGCGUCUGCUGCAGAGGUUGAAUGUUUAUGGUCUUUGUGAAGUUAAAGUAUCUGGAGAUGGAAAUUGUCAGUUCCGUGCACUUUCAGAUCAGCUGUACAGGUCACCUGAACACCACAAGCAUGUUCGUAAAGAUAUUGUAAAACAGCUCAAAGAUCACCAUUCCUUAUAUGAAUGCUAUGUCCCAAUGAAGUACAAACGAUAUUACAAGAAAAUGGCUAAAUCUGGAGAAUGGGGGGAUCAUAUUACCUUACAGGCAGCUUCUGAUAAGUUUGCAGCUAAGAUAUGCCUUCUGACAUCAUUCAGGGAUACUUGUUUCAUCGAAAUUAUGCCAUUGUACCAAGCACCACAGCGCGAAGUGUGGUUGAGCUUCUGGUCUGAGGUUCAUUACAAUUCACUUUAUGAAAAUCGAGCUGCACCAAUCCAGCAUAAACCAAGGAGAAAACAUUGGUUGUUCUAG